AUACCUAAAUAUUGCUGAAAACUAAGUACAAUUGGUUUAAUCGGUAGUCUAUAAUUGUAUACAUUCUACUUGUCCUUUCCAAUGGAGAAAAUAUAUAUUUCUCUGUCAGCUAGAUUAUUCCAUAUGUAGCUUUAAAUUUGCAUAAUUAAAAUAUAUAAAUAUUCGGAGGAUUAUUAUAAUUAAGAAACAAAUAUACAUUACUUUUGUGUUAUAUUUUUGAGAGUAUAAUAGACGUGACGACCAAUUCUUGUAAAAGAGAUUUUUAAUGUAUUUCCAUAAUUUAGGAAUGCCAUCAAGAAAAGUAAAGUGCUUUACUUCUGCAAUUAAAGUUUUAAUGUCGAUGCUAACGUUCAUGCGAGCAACGUAAAAAAUUAUUUGGCGAAAUUAAAUCAAAGCAUUGUAAAUCAGGAGUAACAAAGCAAAUAAUAAAUAUGACCGAUCCUAAAGAAUCUCAGAGAGAAUCUCUGAGUUCCUUUGUUGAAAAGAACAUUGCAAGGUGUAGUGAAUAUGACAAAAUUUUAGGACGAAAUGUCCUUGUUGCGCCAUCCGAAGAACAAUACGUUUUGCUUCUUAAAAGGCUCAAGCAGCAGUUAGGGGAAGGCAGGGGAGAAGUCAUCCUUGAGAUAGGAGCAUCAGAAGAUGGCAGCGAAAACGGACUACUAGAUGAUGAAUUAGAAGCUGCUGUAGCCACUCUUCAAUCUUUAGCACAAACUCUGGAGUGCAGUUGUGUUAAGCUAAGAGAACGCAAAGAAAUUAGAGGUGUUGUUGUUCAGUAUUUAAUAAGGAAGGUUUUGGAUCAGAGUGAUUUCUUGGAAAUCCGGGUAGCUGUGGUUGGAAAUGUAGAUGCGGGAAAAUCCACCUUAUUAGGUGUUCUAACUCAUGGAGAAUUGGACAAUGGAAGAGGAACAGCCAGACAGAAACUCUUUCGUCACAAACAUGAAAUGGAGUCUGGAAGAACUAGUUCUGUUGGAAAUGACAUAUUGGGAUUUGAUGGGGAAGGUAACAAACAUUUCCUCAAAAUAUUUGUAUUUUUUAUAUCUUUCUUGUUUUUUUCAGGAAACGUGGUUAAUAAGCCUGAACAUGGUUCUCUGGAUUGGGUAAAGAUAUGUGAGAGAAGUUCCAAAGUAAUUACAUUUAUUGACUUGGCAGGACAUGAAAGAUAUUUGAAAACAACAGUAUUUGGAAUGACUGGUCAUGCGCCUGACUUUGGCAUGCUCAUGGUUGGUGCAAAUGCUGGAAUUAUUGGCAUGACCAAAGAACAUCUAGGUUUAGCAUUAGCUUUGUCGGUUCCAGUUUUUGUAGUUGUCACCAAAAUUGAUAUGUGUCCAGUAAAUGUUCUGCAAGACAACUUGAAAAUGUUGGUGAGAAUUCUUAAAUCACCAGGCUGCAGAAAAGUUCCAGUCAUGAUUAAAUCAGCAGAUGAUGUUGUGAUGAGUGCAACAAAUUUUGUUUCAGAAAGAUUAUGUCCUAUAUUUCAAGUUUCUAAUGUAACUGGUGAAAAUUUGGAUUUGCUAAAAACCUUCUUCAAUUUGUUAACGACAAAAAUGGAAUAUCACGAAAAUGAACCUGCUGAAUUUCAAAUUGACGAUACAUACUCAGUGCCGGGAGUAGGAACUGUCGUUUCAGGAACUACUUUGAAGGGAGUAAUAAAACUUAAUGACACCUUAAUGUUAGGACCAGACCCAUUGGGAUAUUUUACCCCCAUUGCUGUGAAAAGUAUACAUAGAAAAAGAAUGGCCGUUAAAGAAGUAAGAGCAGGACAAACCGCUAGCUUCGCAUUAAAAAAGAUCAAGAGAUCCCAAAUAAGAAAAGGGAUGGUUAUGGUUUCUCCAUCGUUAAAUCCACAAGCCUGUUGGGAGUUUGAGGGUGAAAUAUUAGUUUUACAUCAUCCGACAACAAUAAGUUCUAGAUACCAAGCAAUGGUUCACUGUGGAAGUAUUAGACAAACAGCAAGUAUUAUCUCAAUGUCCAAAGAUUGUCUCCGAACAGGAGAUAAAGCUCUUAUUCACUUUCGGUUCAUUAAACAUCCGGAAUAUAUGACACCUGGCCAACGAAUGGUUUUUAGAGAAGGUAGAACUAAAGCUGUUGGCAAUGUGGUAAGGAUUAUAACACAGGCCUCACCGACACAUCAAGGAUUGAAGACCAAACAGAAUAAACAGCAGAGAUAUGGCCAGGGUCAACAGAAAGCUAAUAAAGAAGUAGUACAAAAAAGUAGAGAGGAAAAUAGUGAAAAAAUACAAAUUGAAGAGAAAGAAAAUUAUUUACAAGAGUUUUCAGAAGUUGGAUCAUCACAAACUGAAAAUACCUUUGAGGGCAACUCUGACAAACGUGAAACAGUUCAACAAGGGUAUAAAAAGGGUAGAGGUCGACGUGGAGGAAGGGGAAAAAAUAAGAGCUCUUUGGAUAGUAAUAGUACAACUCCAGUGCAUAUAUCAAACCGUACUAAAGUACAAUAAACAUGUUGCAAUAGCGUUUUCAAGAGUAAAAUGUGUAGUUACUUUAAAACUAUUUUUCUUUUUUAUAUUUAUUUUAAAUAAACCCAGUUAAAAAUAAUAAUAUUAGGUUUAAAUAAAAAUAAAUAGUGUAUAAUAUUGUA